AUGGCCAUCAAUACAGACGCCGAGUUUGAGAGGAGUGCGAUGGGCGAGAGCGGCGGCGGCAGCGGAGGAGGAGGAGGAGGAGAAGGAGGCGGCGGCGGCGCGGCGGAAUUCGGAGACACGCAGAAACUUCUCGGCGUCGUCGUGGGCGACGGUAAAGACGGACUCGGGAGCUGUUCCGACUCACGCCGGCCGAGCGUCAAGUCUCUGAAGUCUCUGAGAUCCCUGAACGUAGAGCAGAACAGCUACAAGUCCACAGGGACCGGAAGUGUGCAGUCCCUGCCGCGCUCUCCCGCACCGGAGCGCACCGAGCCCGAGCCACGCAGCUACAUGUGGCUCGCGCUCUUCUCCUGCUUCUGUCCCGCACUGCCGCUCAACGCCAUCGCGCUGUACUUCUCCCACGCGUCCCACUCCAUGACCCAGGCUAAUGAUUAUGAUGGCGCUAGAAGACUGGGCCGGCGUUCGCUGCUCUUCAGUGUCCUGGCCAUUGCUGUGGGUCUGAGUAUAAUCCUUUAUCUAGCGAUCACAGGUAAAUACACAAACGCACGAUCAUGCAAAUCCACACCAAUAACGCAUACCACCUCCAUCUACCACAUAUCUCUAUUGCCCUUUCUCUUUCUGUGUUCCCUAGAGAGCUGAUGUGGUGGACUCUAGAACACCUUUAUGUCACGGACGAUCGGCCGGGUGUGGUGGCACGUCCUUCUGAGGGCGUGAACAGCGUCCUUGAGAUCUGAAAGGUCUACAAUAUCUUGCACUACAAUUACAAAAUACAUGUUAUGCCUUAUCGUAUCUCGGGCAAGUAUGGAUUUCUCGUGCAUGCUUCGUCUCCGUCCUCCGAGAUAGCAGACAACGUCUGCGUGGGGCGUGUCUUAUUUGACGGGCGCGGCCAAAUAAACUGUCAUGAGCUGAAAUCUGCCAAUAAAGCUUGAAAAGCAGAGCAAAAAAACAUAUAUAUAUAUAAUAUGCACAGUAAUUCUAUGGACUAGAAGCAUUUCUAUGAAUUCUAUAGAUUUUCGUAACUGUUUAAAUUCAAAUUUAGGCGUGUUAUUUGUUUUUUAAUCCUCAUAAAAGUUACAUUUGGAAAAGGAAAAAAAAACAGUCUAUGCUCUGUGUGGUUAAAGUAUGCAUAAUUACAAUAAUUUAUUUAAUAAUCUAUAACCAUAUAUAAUCAUCACAGUCUGCUGCUAUGGAUUUCAUUGGUAUUUGCUUCUUUUGUUCAACACACCUGCUGGAUUAAGAGAUCAUUUCUUCUUCUUCUUCUUCUUCUUCUUUUAAACUCUGACAAGCACAGUGUUUAUGACAAAUCACCAACUGAGCCACGGGUGAGGCUUAUUUUUUAAAUGUGUUUAAUAUGGUUUUAUGGGGAAAAUAAGCGAUAGGAAGGUGGCUGGUCCGCAUCCUGUGCCAUUUACGCGAUGCUUCUAUGUUUAAAAAAAAACAAAUAAAAAUCUCGAGUCCUUUGUAGAUUUUUUUCAUCGUAAUACAUGCAAAUGAGGUGUCAACAUUGUACGAAGCAUCAGAUCGAUUGAGACAUGUUUGAUUUCCAUGCAUUUCCAAGCACAUUUCUUGCACGUCUUCAAAAUAAACAUGCCUGGUUAAUCGACGUGUGUUUAUUUGAAUUGUGCUUCAUGAAUCUAGAUCGCAAUCCCAUAACCCCAAGUGCUACUCUAAAAUAAGAUCCUACUGACAUACGUAUCCAUUAAAAUGAUGGGGAAAAAUGUCGAAACGUUCCUAAAAUCGACACCGUUGUAUUCUCAGCUCGUACGAUUUUACCUUAAAAAAAGAAAACCUGCGCAGAAUCCUGUCGGAUGUGUUCCGCGUGUGAGCUUGGGUGAGGGAAAAUCAGGUGAAAAGUCAUCCAGGACUGAGAAACCCAGAGAUCAGAGGAGACAGAGACAGAGGCGAGUCCGGUAAUCGAUACGCUCUCUCUGUAAGUGCACUACUUUCAUAUGUCUGUGCAUUUAGUCAUUACCAGCUUCCAUGUGCAUUUAGUCAUUACCAGCUACAAAGCCAGCAAGGCAUGGAUGGCUAAGGCAGGCUUUCCCAUCAGAAACUAGAGCUGUCUUGUUCUCGUGCCGCACGAUUAUCACAUAAAAUAUCUUUCGACUGAGUGGUUAAACCAAUGAAAGAGCAUGCAGAGGAAACGCAAGCUCGUAAUACAACCAGUAAAGAAUAUAUUAUUAAUUAUUACACACAGUAUAUUGUUAGAAUGCUAUUAUCAUCGUGGAAGGCUUGCUGGUAGGUUUUCAGGUAUCAGUAUCAAUCACCGAUCAUCAUCAAGAAAGGGUUUUUGGAUUAUACAAGGUCUGCGUGUAUGCACUUAGAAAUGAUCUCCUGAACUUUUAUCUUGUUGCCCUGUGAACAUUUCUCAUGAUGGAGCGAAGGUCAUGUAGCAGGUUCCUGUAGGCCCUAAAACCACAGAACCGCCCGCUGAAGGUUUUAGAGCUACUAAAAUCCAUAAAGAAUCUUGAUUUUCUUUAAUGCGUAUGUGGGUGUUCGUAAGCGGAGAUAACGAUAAAAGCACACACCUUGGUAUAAAAGGCUUUGCUGAUGGAGGACCAUAGACUGGUAUUAAUAGCUGGAUGUACAGUACGUUUCUAAUCCAGUGUCAGAUCUUUGUACAUCAGUUAUUUAUUUUAAAAAAUAAUAAUAAUAAUAAUUACAUACUAGUAAUGUUUAUGUGGAGACCCUUUAUGGUCUUUAACACAUUCUCGGGAGCGGUGUUAAAUCUGCUACUGAUGACUACAAGGAUUUUACAUUUCUCGAGUGCUGUGGUCUGACAUGGUGUUCCCCAGCUAUUCUCUUCCAUGCGCCUCUCAACCAUCUACCAAACGUAUUCUGAUACAACUAAUAUAUGAUCUUUUAAAGAGCGCAGAGACUCUGUAGAGAGAAACUGUACACAGUUAUGGACGUUAUACGGACUGUUAUAUCUAUUAUAAUGAUUGCGCCUAUUGUAUGAAGCGUUUACGCAACAGCGGUGUGCGAUUGUCGGUUUUGUCGUGGCAGGACGACAUUAAUAACAACGUAACUUCAAACAAAAUUAAGCUGAGAGGCUAUCACGCUUGACUUCGCUAUCAUGUAAUGAAGUUUUAGAGAAACCCAUAAUCAU